AUGACACUGUCUGUUUUACCCAUAUCGUUAUCAAUAACCGAAAAAGAUACACUCGAUGAUGUCGUAGACGAAUUAAAAAUUAUUGAAUGGGAAACAGGCGAAUAUUUUUUUCAUAAUUUUAUUGACUACUUUCCACUUUCACAAGUUGUCAAAGUUGAAAAACAAUGGGACGUAGAUCUAAACAAAGAACAAUAUCUUUAUUUACAUUCGUUGUACGAUCGACAUAUUCUCGUAGCAAAACCAAUAGAAAACAAUAUAUCCAAUGACAUAUACCUGUUCUCAGAUUGGUUUCUUGGAGAAUGUAGAGUAUUAACAUCGUCGCCAAAAUUAAAACAACGUCAAUGGGAAUUUGAAGAUGCUUUCGAAUUAUAUCGAUUUACUUUACCCAGAGUAAUCAAAAUAUCAACUGAUAUCACUGUUCAUCUACAUCAAAAAACCAAUUCACAUCAAUGGGAAAAAGUUAUUUUACGUAAAGAUGCUGAAUUAACGGUUAUUCAACGGGAAAAAUCUCAAGGUAUUAUUAAAAAUACCAAAGAUGAAGUAAUCGUCAAUGAAAACGAAGAUGUUUUCAUGUUAGUUGAUCAAAAUUCGAAUGAAUUUAUUCUCUCUCCAUCAAUACCGUUGCAUUUUACAACGAAAAUAAAAGAAGAUGAAUUCGAUCAAACGUAUCAUAAUCAUAAUCAGUUAUUUACAAUCUCAGAAAUAAUGAUGAGAUAUGAACUGCCAUUGGAUAUUGAAGUUACAUCACAAAUACCGACAGCAAUUAAAAACUUUCAAACACAUCUAAGAUUAGAAAAAUUUUGUGUAGCCAAAUCAGUAAUUGCAUUCACGUUUGCUGAGAAUCAAGGUGUGAAUAUCGUUGAACUAUCACCAUUGACACAAUUUACACUUCAUUGCGUGAAAUCUUUGACACGUGGAUUGCCACGUGAUGGUCAGUACGUUGAACAAGACGACCAAAAAAUUAAUGAUAGUGAAUAUGAACGUGUUCGGAGCGGACUUGACAUACUAUUUGAGGAGUAUGCUACAUCAUACUGCCGAAUGCCAGUUGUCGGAGCACCCGAUGAGAUUAUGUGCGUUGAAAGUGCAUAUGAGGUCAGUGUGGAACUGAAAGAGAACGAACCACCACUCACUAAAACGUAUCUGACAGAAGAGGAGGCUCUUAAUUUCAAAGAACCAGAACAAGAAUUACCAGUUUUAAAAUCGCAUCCGAAACGAUUCACGGUACAUGCGUCAGCUGAUCCUAGUAACCCGUAUAGUAAUCUGAUCGAAUACGAAGAGGCGAUGGAAACUGAUGAGCUUGUAAAAACACAAGAGACUGGUGGAGAAAAUCAAAAAGAAAAAGAUUAUACAAUGAAACCUACAAAAAAAUCCAUUAUUUUUCAAUCAAAAUUGAGCAGUCAAGAAAAAGAGAAAUUGGAUGAUUUAACUGCCCAGUUGAAAAAACUCGAAUGGGAAAAAGGCGAAUAUUUCUUUCAUAAUUUUGUCGAUUAUUACCAAUUACCACAAAUUGUUAAAGUCGAACAAAAUUGGCAAACAAAUCUAGUGAAAGGACAAAGUCUCUAUUUACAAGCAUUAUUCGAUCGAUACAUGUUGAUUGCUACACCUCUUAGUAGUAGUAGUAGUAGUAGUAGUAAGAGUUCAUCAAAACCAAAAAAUAAAUACUUAAUUCCUGAUUGGUUUCAAGGCGAAUGUAAAAUAUUAUCAAAAAAUCCGGUAUUAAAAAAACGUUGGUGGGUAUUUCAGGGUGCUUUUGAAUUAUAUCGUUUUGAUUUACCACGCGAUAUUAAAGUACUCGCCGAUACCCCGGCACAUGUGAGACCACAUGGAAAAUCAUCAACAACUCAUGAAUGGGAUAAAAUUGUAUUACGAAAAAAUGCUCGUUUAAGCGUUGUUCGACGAGAAAAAUAUCAAUCCAGAGUGAAAAAUGAGAAAGGAGAGGUGAUUGCCAGUGAACCAAAAGAAGCAUUUGUACUAUUGGAUAAUAAACGAAAUGAAUUUAUUGUACCACCCGGUGUUCCUCUGCGUUUCGCGACGUUAAUUGAAGAAAACGAAUUACAUACUGAAUACCGAAGUCAUGAUGGUUCAUUCACAUUUCCCGAAAUAAUGAUGCGCUAUGAAUUUCCGUUGGAUAUAGAAAUUGUGUCUCAUCUACCUGUUGAUUUACCACAUUUUAAAUCACAAUUAAGAUUAGAAAAAUUUUGUGUGGCCAAAUCGGUUAUUGCUUAUUUGUUUGGUGGUGAUACUCAAGCAGCGCAAAUAAUGGAAUUAUCACCACUGACACAGUUCACUCUUCAUUGUGCAAAGUGUUUGACGUACGGUUUACCACGUGAAGAUGAGCCGAAGGAAAAAGAAAAGGAAGAAAAGUUUGAUGAAAAGGAGUACCAAACCUAUGAAAGUAUCCGCAGUCAAAUGAAUUUAUUGUUUGAUGAUGCCGCUGAAAUUUUUAAAAGUAAAAUACAAUUAGGAACAGACGAAGAGAUUGAAUGUAUCGAAGCGGCUUACGAGAUAAGUAUGAAUUUGAAAGCCGAAGAAGAUCGUCCAUUGAAAGAUUCCUAUUCUACAACGGAUGAGGCUAUAAAAGCAGUCAAAGAAUCAAAUAAAGAUGAAAUACCAUUUCCAAAAUCACAUCCAAAAAAGUUUACUGUUCACGCAUCGGCUGAUCCAAGUAAUCCAUAUAAUGAAGUAAUUGAUUACGAAGAAAUGGAUGCUCUAACUGAACCAAUCAACAAACCGCCCGCGAAAAAUGAAAGUAAAACAAGUAGUAAAACGUCAGCAUCUGCAUCUAAAGGCAGCGAUACAAAAGCGAGUCACAAGAGUGAUAAAGCAUCGAGUUCGAAACGUGAAAAGCCGCAACAACCAACAAACCAAUCAGGAGCGAGAGCUGCACUUGUCGUACAACAAUUACCUCCACCAAUGAUGCUACCACCGGAAGCAUUUGAAAGAACACUUAAAGCAAUUCCUGAACUAUUAUAUACGGAUUUCAUUCCAGCAACAAAAAAACCUGAAAAAACUACCAAAACCGAGCAGCCUGCUAAAACCGAAAAGUCGGAGACUGAAAAAUCAGAGAAGAAAUCACAAAAAAGUGAUAAAGAGCAUAAAAAGUCAUCAAAGAAAUAA